AUGGGGGGCCCCUCCUCUGCCCCCCCAAGGAGCUGCGGUAUCCUUCUCUACACACAACAAGAAAGUCAGAGGUUUGGGGGAGGCCCCUCACUGGGGCCCCCAAGCAGCAACAUCAUAGACAGGUACAGGCCUCCUGCAGCAGCAGCAGCAGCAGCAGCAGCAGCAACUGCAGCAGCAUCAGCAGCAGCAACUGCAGCAGCAGCAGCAGCAACUGCAGCAGCAGCAGCAGCAAGAGGCCGACUGUAUCAGACCCCCUUGUUGCUUCCUUGGCGUGUACAAGAGCGUGUGGACCAGCAGCAGCAGCAACCGCUGCAGCAGCAACAGCAGCAGCAGCCGCUGCAGCAACAGCAGCGGCAACAGCAGCAGCAACAGCAGCAGCAACAGCAGCAGCAGCAGCAGCAGCAACAGCAGCAGCAGCAACCGCUGCAGCAGCAGCAGCAGCAGCAACCGCUGCAGCAACAGCAGCGGCAACAGCAGCAGCAACAGCAGCAGCAGCAGCAGCAGCAACAGCAGCAGCUCUCAGGAAGGUCCAAUGGAUUCAAUUUGCUUCUUUGGGGUAGGCAGCCAGGCUACAAGCAGCUCUCAGGAAGGUCCAAUGGAUUCAAUUUGCUUCUUUGGGGUAGGCAGCCAGGCUACAAAUCAGCUGCAGCACCUGCAGCAGCAGCAGCAGCAGCAGCAGCAGCAGCAGCAGGACGAGCAGCAGCAACGCAUGCAGCAGCAGCAGCAGCAGCAGCAGCAAAAGGGAGAGUAUGGGCAUUCCUACAGCAGAAUGAGCACAAGACGAGCUGCAUGUACACCCGAAAUACAAACAAGUGA